UAAACACUCCCUAAAUUGACACCCUUUGUCAUAUAAAAGUAAUCCGUAUGGUGAUUUUUUGCCCUCACUAACUUAAAUUAUAUUCCUAGAUCCGCCUAUAUACACUAGAACAUGUAAACAAUUUGUAGAAGCUGUUGGCCAGUAAUUGGAGAAAAUAGAAACGUGUCUGCAUUUUAGAAGAUCAACUAAAUCCAUAAGAUGGAGGUGGAUGAACAUGUGAAAUUGGUUCCAAUAGCUAAUGUAGGAAGGAUAAUGAAACAAAUCCUACCACCAACUGCCAAAAUCUCCAAAGAAGCUAAAGAGACAAUUCAAGAAUGUGCAUCAGAGUUUAUAGGUUUUGUUACUGGGGAAGCAUCUGACAAGUGUCACAAGGAGAAUCGAAGGACGGUUAAUGGAGAUGACAUCUGUUGGGCUCUCAGUUCAUUAGGUUUUGACAACUAUGCCGAGGCCAUGUUGAGGUACUUGUAUAAAUUAAGGGAGUUUGAAAGACAAAGGGCAAAUCAGACCAAAGGUUCAAAUGAUGAAGAUACAGACCAUGAAGCUGCAAGUGAAUCUGAGAAUCAAGAUAUUACCACUACUUAAAGUAUAAUGGAAAGCUCUAACUGAAGGGGAUGAUCAAUUCAGUGUUGUAGUUUCAACUGUUAAAGAUUCUGACCCUUUUUUUUGGUUCAUGCUAAUUUUCUCUGUGUCGUUCCAAAUCUGUGAAAAUCGGCUAUUCGGAGCUUUGUCCGACUAGAGACAAUCUUCAAAUUAUAAUCAUUAUUCACAAGUGUUUCUACUUCUUUAUUUUUGGAUCGUUCUUUUUUGUUUUCCUUACUUCAGCUGCAGAUCCAUGUGUAUGGAUCUAGGUUUGGGAUUUUUGAAAAAGAAAUAUACUAUGUUUAUCCUUUAGUUCCAAUUUUCAACAAGCAGCUAGAGUAUAUAUAUCAGGAAAAUCGGAGCGUACUGUGUAUUAAUCUAUGAUCCAGUAUGC